AGCAUAGAAGAGGAGAACAGGGAGGAAGGGCGCCCCAAGACUAGGCGGUGUUAAUCAUUGCUCUCUCUCUCUCUCUCUCUCUCUCUCUCUCUCUCUCUCUCUCUCUCUCUCACACACACACUCUCUCUCUCUCUUCGCUCACAUAGCGUGUGGGACGUUUCAGUGAGUUCCUCCAUCCGCGGCAGCUGCGCUUCCCUUCUCUUAAACACACACAUACACACACACUCUCUCUCACACUCACACGCACAAGCACUGCCUGUGAAAGCAAGGACGUCCUUUCUUUCCUUUACCCGGAAGUCGGAGAUGCUAGGGACUUGCAGUUGAGAAUCCCGCACUGAUAGUACAUCUGAACUUCACUUGGAGGAGGAUCGUCGUGUAUCGGAGAGAUCUGAAUUCACCGGACAGAGCUGGUGAAAAGGGACAACACAAGAAGCUUGAAGUAAAUGUAACAUCUGACUGAGAAGGAAAUAGGAAUCAAAAGCCAUCAAGAUGAAUUUUGUAAUGAAGCAAGCAUUGGGAGGGGCGACCAAAGACAUGGGCAAAAUGCUAGGAGAAAAGGAAGAGAAAGACCCUGAUGCCGAGAAGAAGGAAGAGGAAAGACAAGAGGCUCUCCGACAGCAAGAGGAAGAGAGAAAGGCUAAAUAUGCAAAAAUGGAGGCAGAGAGAGAAUCACUUCGACAGGGUAUCAGGGAUAAGUAUGGUAUUAAGAAGAAGGAGGAGAAGGAGGCUGAGGCUCAGGCUGCCAUGGAGCAGGCGUCUGAAGGCAGUCUCACUCGCCCGAAGAAAGCCGUGCCCACUGGCUGCGGUGACGACGAGGACGAAGAAGAAAGUAUUGUUGACACAGUCAUGAAGUUCCUCCCAGGUCCUCUUGCAGACAUGUUCAAUAAGAAGUAACACAGUCAUAAAAGUGUUGUUAUUAAACCUGUCAUUAACGCCAUAACAUCCACCCCCACAACCCCUUAAUCCCUUACUCACUCAUUAGUUCCAAACUCAUUGGACUCGAUGAACAUGCCAUCAUUGAAGUCUUUAAUUUGGAGUGUUAGAUCCAGAAAUAAUGCCUAGAAUUGUGCACUAAAAUUGCAAAUAUAUGUUCCUUUUCAAAUUAAAGACACAUUUAAUGGCAGAGUCCAGACGAUGGAAUGACAACGUUAAUUACACAAGCACCACACAUUUUGUUUGUAAAUAGCUUAUAAAAAAGACUAUAUAUGAAUACCAGAAUAUAUCAAUAUAUAUAUAUACACAAUUACUAAGAGUAAAAGCCAUAAUUCUAACUUGGAGAAAGUCCUCCAAACCAUAUCGUAUUUUUGAUUAAAGUUUGCUGUUCUGUUAAAGAUAUUAUUGUUAAAUUCAUGUGGUAGAGGAGUAUAAUUGUAUGUAAAGCACCACGAUACCAUUUAUCAUAAUGUAAUUAUUUUAAAUUGUAGUAAAUGACUGGAAGUCCUGGGAAAUGGAAAUAAGUAAGGGGGAGGAAUCAUCGUUUUUAUUAUUUUUUUUAAGCAUGAAGAUUUUGUGAAUGCACUGUAUACCACUUCAUUUGACUUUUUAGAUGAAAUACAUUGAUAUUUAAGGCAAUAA